AUGGGCAUCCCCUACUCGAAACAGAUCAAUGCGGCCUUUGAUCAAGUAACGCCUCUCGUUGCAGCAGCGUACGAGGUGCUCGAGACGACCAAGAACAUUGCCAUCUUCAUCCCCGCCAUACAAAUCGGAAUCAUCACGCUGCUCUUCAUCAACCUGCUGGCUCUUCUCGCCCUGCUGUUCAUAUUGCACCCGGACUUGGAGGAUGUGCGCGACAAGCUCGUCACGCCUGCGCUUCGAUGGACGGCAGAUUGGAUCGUGUAUCCAUUGGAGAAGAGGUAUAUCAUAAUUGGUGUAUCACUUGGACUCUCGGCGGUGGUAUUAGCGGCAGGCGCCUUGUACGUCUUCUGGGUGUGGACAGCGGUGUCGAGAGUGGAAGACUGA